UUUUUUAAAGGAAACACCGAGGAAAUGGCUUCAGUUUGGAAAAAAAAACAGUUUUUAGGACUCAAAUGAUAUUUAAAACUUACUAAAACGUCUUAUAAAAGGUUUUCGUGCCCACUAAUUUAAGCCGGACUCUCAUAUGGUUGGAUGAUUGCUAUAGCAUACGACGAAAGAUGUUGUGCUGGGUUAUUAAAAACAAACAAAAGGUGUUGAGGCGACGUAAAGACUGGCCGUUUGAAACAUUCAAAGUUUUACAUGCCUGCAAGAGUAAAGUCCAUGUCCUGCCGUGGAGGAACUUGUCAAAAAUCGUGACCGCCUUCUAGAGCUCAACGUCACAAUCACACGAGUCUCGACACGUCACGCGGUGAGUCCUGCAGAACAUCAAACACCACAUUACUGAAGAAUUAAAUAGAUAGAGAGAUAUUCUGCAUAAGCAUUUCUGAGAUCAUUAUUAGUUGUAAAGUCAGCUAUGCAUUGAUUAUAUUGCGUUAUUGACUGUAGUUUCAUUUACAUGUUUUAAUAAUGUUUAAUGUGGUUAUGUGAUCAGCAAGCCUUCUUCUUCUGUAAAUAGGUUUCCUUACAAUUCAUUGAUAUUGUCCCAACUAAUGAUUUAACCAGGAUGUGAAUUAUACAUUGACAAUCAGGGGGGUUAACUUAUUCGGAAAUAGAAUUUUGUGUAAUAUGCUUUAGUGACUCAAAUUAAAGAAAUCUAUAAUGCAACAUAUUUGAUUUUUCAGUGUUUUAUGGGAUAGUUUGUGUAUUCUGGCCUACAAUAUCAUGUGAUUAGCCAUUUAAGAGGUUACUGGUCAAACUACAAACAACCCAUCUCAUUUGUCUUUACUUUUAGGCUAUAUGUAGAAACAAGCACCUAUUUUACAGGAAACGUGUUUUGUGAACACUUUACGUUUUCCAUGUCUAUCGGCAUUCACAAUGGCAUAAUCCAUUAUAGGGGUGGUCAAAUGUAUAUUUAUAUGAUCUAUUAUUUAAUUAGUAAUAUUAGUAUUUAACAUGCAGAUCAGAGUAAACUCUUUUCUACUGUUUAGUGGACUGACCCCCCCGUACAUGUUAUUUUCACGUCUUUCAGGGCAAUCAAGCAUUAAUUAGGGGAGUCAAUCCCCCCAAAACCCUCCUUGUAAUUCGCAUCCUGGAUUUAAAAGUAGAGUCAACAUCAAAAAUUAACCUGAAGUAACUAUGGCUUCACAUUGUGUGGGUGAAAGUGAUGGACUGACCUUCUAUCUGGCCAGACCAGAGGAUUACGAUGACGUGAUGGCCAUAUCACACGACAUAUACGGUGGUAUGGACUAUCUUCCACAUCGCUAUCACUCCUGGAUAACUGAGCCGGGAAGAGUGGUUAUUAUAGCACGCAGAGAUGAGAAGCUGGUGGCCUUGGAGUCAGGCCUGGUGGUUGACGGGGGUGAAACUGUGGUAGUUGAAGGACUGAGAGUUAGUCCUCAUGAAAGAGGCUGUGGUCUGGCCGGAGUCAUCCAGACAUUUGCUGAUGGCUACGUAAAGAAGAUCCACCCCAGAGUGAAGAGCAAACGCCUCACCAGAGGAGAUGAUCCCGGGCCUGAGAAACUGCGCAAGUUCGCACUUCUGGCCAGACGGGCCGUUCUCUCACUAUGGGGGAAAUCUGAGGGUUUUGAUGGCUUCGUCUCCAGUCUGAAGCAGAAACUGCUGGCGUCAGGUGUGUCUAACAGCAGCUUCAGGCCUUUAGUGUCAGUGCAGGACUCAGGUGCUCUGCAGGCUGUUCUCCUGGAUCCAGAUCUGCCCUCCAGGCUUCAGCUUCCAGGCGCCGCUCUCAUCCAAGACUGGCAGCCCUUGAGGCUCGUGCAGAGUAACCUUCAGAUCUUGGCAAGGCGAGAUUUGACAUGGUUUAUAGAUGGCUCUGGUGAGAAACCGAUGUUUUUGAGUUUACACACGCCUCUGUACCCUGUUCCAUUUGACGGAGGAUCUCUGCGUUUUAAUAUCGAUCUGUACGGGACAGAUCCUUCUUUAGCAAAGACGGCACUAACAGCUCACCUGGACAGAGUGAAGAGUGACCUUCAGGGCAUGGUGGUGGUUCAUAUUUACAUGCAUCAGACUCUGUGGAAAGAGUUGCAGCAGUUCUGUGAGGGUCACGAGAUGGUCAGGCAGUUCAGGGAUUACUGGGAGCAGCUGUUUUUGGAAAGAGAUAUAUAAUUAUUUCUAGAGAUCAUGGGGAAAAGAAAAAGUUGCCCAUAAUACAGGAAAAAAAACCUUUAGAUGAUGUUUUGGAUGAAAUAGAGUAAGAUUCGGGUGAAGAAUUUGUUCCACACGAUUAAACAGUCUGAGUGAAACAAACUCAGUGUAUGCUUGACUUUAACAGAUGCUGAUGUUGGAAAACAUGCAUUAUUAUCUGCGUACCUCAUCACUGUAAUCAGAUGUAUACUGUAUAGAUUUUUAUAGACUUUUUUCAAAAUGCUUUUUGAAAUUUAAAUAGCUGCAUUAUUAAACAAAAAAGUUACAAUUAUUAUUGUAAAACAUUUUCAGAAUAAAAUUUAGUAUUUUUUAUAAUUUAUUUCAUUUUAUACAUGUUUUAAAAGCCUCUAGAAAUCACACUAUGAUGCUGAUUUGGUGCUCAAGAAGGAUUUUUUAUUAUAAUUUAGAGAUUACCAAAGUAGUGCCAGUGGGCCAAAGUUGGCCCAUGAUAACCUUUGAUUUGGCCCGCCACCCCAUUUGAGAAAAGAGGUAGAAUGAUGGUAGGUGGGGCGAAUGCCUUCAACAGAGAUUGUUAUUUCUAAAUCAACAUAACCUUUUGUUUGUUUGUUUGUUUAAUUGUUGAGCUACAAAAAAACUUGUUCAAAUUAAAUGUUGUGAAUUAAUUAGAAUUAAAAAAAUGUAAACACUGUCACUCGACAAAUAGAGGACAAUGUAAAGACUUCUUUCUUUCUUUUUUUUUAUUCUUGUUUAUGUAAAGCACUUUGAAUCACCAUUGUGUAUGAAAUGGGCUAUAUAAAAUAAACUCAGCUUGCCUUGCUUUUAAUCCUUUUUAAACAACUUGAAUUUUUAAUGAAGGUUUGCAAAAAAUUUAAAUGCUGCUUGUAAACGCUGAACACCGAUUAAACUCUCAUUUUUUGUAUGAUAUAUAGAUUGAUGAGACCAAAAUUCUAAUUUUAUCUGGUUUUAGAUAUAAAUCUGGUUUAUAGUUUUAUUGUAAGUACAUUACAAAACAAUUACAAAAUUAAUAUAAAUUAUUAUAUAAAAUAAUAAUUAAUAUGAGUAUUGUAAGUUUUUUUGUUUGUUUAUUUUUAAAUAUUAUUAAUUAGGAAAUUACCAUGGCAACUUUAAUGUAAUACAGUUAGUAUAUUUACCUGCGACCCACCACCCUCAAUCAAGUUUGGUUUUUGGCUCUUCAUAAGGGAAAGUUUGGGCACCCAUGUUAUAAUUAAUGCUGAAAACAGCUCUGCUUAAUAUUUUUGAUAAAACUGAUGCACUUUCUUCAGAAUUUCUUCUUUGACUAAUAAAAAGUACAAAACAACAGAA